AUCAGAAAUAAACUCGGCUGAGAGAGACACAGCACCGUAGCUUCCAAGGAACAAACGAGAAGCACAAAAGGGACAGACCCAGAUCCUGAACCCAAACACCAGAGGACCUCAGAGGAUUUGAAGGAACAAAUCCCCGAGCCAUCGACCCCACACCCACACCAUGGAUAUCCAGACCAGCCAAGUGGUGCGACCUCCCAGCCCCAUGGAGAGCCUGGAGAGGCAGCUGAGCUGCCCCAUCUGCCUGGACAUGUUCACCAAGCCCGUGGUCAUCCUGCCCUGCCAGCACAACCUCUGUCGCGGCUGCGCCAGCGACCUCUACGACUCCCGCAACCCCUACCACUACUCCGGGGGCAUCUUCCGCUGCCCCACCUGCCGCUUCGAGGUGGUGCUGGACCGCCACGGCGUCUACGGCCUGCAGAGGAACCUGCUGGUGGAGAACAUCAUCGACCUCUACAAGGCCCAGCAGGAGAAGGGCGGCGAGGGCGUGGGCGGAGGCUCCCUGGAACCCCCGAUGAAGGACAAGGACACCAAGGAGGCCAAGUGCAAGGAGCACGAGGACGAGAGGAUCAACAUCUACUGCGUCACCUGCCAGAUCCCCACCUGCUCCAUGUGCAAGGUGUUCGGCCAGCACAAGGACUGUGAGGUCACCACGCUGGAGAGCGUCUACCAGACCCAGAAGGCCGAGCUGCGCAACGCCGUGGACAUGCUCGCGGCGGGAAACAGCUGCGUCCAGGCGGUCAUGGCCCAGCUGGAAGACAUGGGCAAGAGCAUCCAGGAGAACGGGGAGCUGCAGAAGAGACACCUGAGCGAGAGCUUCGACCUGCUCUACGCCAUCCUGGAGGAGCGCAAGGGCCAGCUGGUGGAGAAGAUCAGCCAGGAGGAAGAGGAGAAGGUCCAGGUGAUCAGGUCUCUGGUGGAACAGCACAAGGUGCAUCUUGAGGCUAGCAACCAGCUGAAGGAGAGGGCUUCGAAGAGUUUGGAGCUGGGAGGGGCGGCGGAGUUCCUGGUGAGCGCCAAGGAGCUGAUGUCUGAGGCCAAGGAGGUAGCCAGGGGAGCCCAGGUACAGAGGCCGGAGCCAGGCUACGAAAGCAUGGACCACCUCGUCGUAAACACAGAGGAUGUGGAGGUUCUUCUAGCCCAGAUGGACUUUGGAGUCAAUGAUGACGAUGUAGAGACAGAAGAAGACGAAUAGGAGGAGGAAUAAUGACUUUCCCUUUCAAGACAAAGACUUUAAGUAGAAGUAGGGGAAAGUUGAAGUAAAGACUCUGAUAAACUAGCAAGGAAGAAAUGAAAAGAUGUCUGCGGAUUUCACAGAAAAUGUAUAAUGGUGCCAUUUUGAAAAGUCGUUUUUUACACAUCCAAAAUGCAAGCUUUUGCAUUUCAUUUCCUUUUCUUUUUUAUACUUUUGUAUUUUAUGCCUAUUUAACUGUACUGUACUAUUUUGAUAUCUGUUGAGCUUGAUAUCACAAGACACAUAUUUAUGUUUACACUUGAAUUUCUAAAUGCAAGUUUAAACUACACGUACACAAAAAAAGUUUAUUUAUUGAGUUUGAAAUGUCUUCAUUGUUUUGUCAUACUUGAAUUGCUGCAAAAUGCACUGAAUCAUAUCUGACACUGCUGUUACAUUGUUAUGUCAUUGUGAGUUUCAAUAAAGUGUAAAAGAAAA